GCUGUCUUGAGAUUUGACUAUGAACCCUUCGGAAUCUCGUUGAAAAAAAUGGUGAAUUCAAGCUCGCAAUAAGCCCUCCUUUCGGGUCACGUCUCUUGUUCUGAGAAAGUAAGAAUCUUUUUCUAUAAGUCGAUGCGUCGACGCUUAUUUACAGCUCUGUAUUUGGUGGUGAUUCAUGUAGCUGUUCAAUGUGGCAAUGUUAAUGCUCAGAAAUCAGAAAAAGGUUUAUAAAUCGUUGAAUAUGAUUACCCAUUUCACCAAUUGCAUUGCUUUCCCAUCAUCCUCUGUUCCUCGUCAGAGCCAAGCUCCUCAAAGGUUCGACCUUUCUCGUGUUUCGUUUACAGUUCGGUGUUUUCAGAUUCAAAUCUGUCUCCGUAGUGAUAAGUCUCAGUCACCCACUCGGUUUUUCGUUAAUCCGGUUUCACGGGGAACUAGGAAUCAAGCUCAAGGAGCUCUUUUUGAUUACUUGCAUAGCACUAGAAGUUUUACAUUCACUGAUGCAGAGCAUAUAAGCAAAAACUCGCCGCAUUUUCUGUCGAGUUUGCUGUCCAAGAUCGCUGAUAACGAGAGAGAUGUCUCAAAGGCAUUGACUAAGUACUUUAGGUACAAUCCCAUCAACGAGUUUGAGCCCUUUUUCGAGAGUUUGGGUUUGUGUCCAUCUGAGUUUGAGCAGUUUCUUCCCCAAAGGCUAAUGUUUCUGAGUGAUGAUGGUGUCAUGUUUGAGAAUUUUAAUGCUCUUUGCAACUAUGGGGUCCCACGUGGCAAGAUUGGCCGUGUGUAUAAAGAAGCAAGAGAGGUUUUUAGAUAUGAGUCUGGGGUGUUGGUGGCUAAACUCAGGGCUUAUGAGGAUUUGGGUCUUAGAAAAGGUACAGUUAUCAAGCUUGUUACUAGUUGUCCCUUACUGCUUGUUGGUGGUGUUGAUGGUGUUGAUGGUGAGUUUGCUUCAGUGGUUGAUAAGUUGAAGAGGUUACCAGUGGGAUGUGAUUGGCUUGAGAGAGACUUGUCUGACUGGAAUACGUAUAGCUGGGGUAGGAUUCUGGAGACAAUGGAGUUUCUUGAAAAAAUGGGGUGUAAAGAGGAGAAGCUGAGUAGUCUUUUGGAAACUUAUCCGGCUUUGGUGAUUGAAGGCUCUGGUAAGAAGUUCUAUGUUCUGUUUGGUAGGUUGUUUAAAGUGGGGCUUCAAGUGAAUGAGAUUUAUAGGUUGUUUAUAGAUAACCCUGAGAUGUUGUCAGACAAGUCCGUUAAAAACAUUGGGAAGACGCUUGAUUUCUUGAUAGCUAUUAGAAUGGAAACGCAUUUUAUCAGGAAGAUUCUGCUGAGUCACAUGGAGCGUAUCGGUUCAUGCUCCCUGCAAGCACCUAGAACUGUUUGUGUUAGUUUGAACAUUAGCCAAGAGGAGCUAUGUGAGAUCUUAAAGAAAGAGCCUUUGAGAUUGUUCAGCUUUGUGUCUACAACAAAGAAGAGAAAAAGCAAACUUCUUUCAGAGGAUGCGAGGAAGUACGCAGAGAAGACUGCUUUUCUGGUGAGGCUUGGGUAUUUAGAGAACUCGGAUGAGAUGGUGAAGGCUCUGAAACUGUUUCGAGGGAGAGGAGAUCAGCUGCAGGAGAGAUUUGAUUGCCUCGUGAAAGCCGGUUUAAACCACAAUACGGUUGCAGAGAUCAUCAGGCACGCUCCAAUUGUGCUUAACCUCUCUAAAGAUGUCAUAGAGAAGAAGAUACAUUCUUUAACCCAACUUCUUGGCUAUCCCAUUGAAUCUCUGGUGAGUUUCCCGGCGUAUUUGUGCUAUGAUAUGCAGAGAAUACAUCACAGAUUCUCAAUGUAUUUGUGGUUGAGGGAAAGAGAUGCAGCAAAGCCAAUGUUGUCACCGAGUACUAUCCUCACUUGCGGUGAUGCCAGGUUUGUCAAGUAUUUUGUGAAUGUCCACCCUGAAGGUCCAGCUGUUUGGGAAAGUAUAAACCAAUCAUCUACCACGGUUUCUUGAUUUUCUUACAACUGAGACAGUGAGGAUAUGCUAAUGCAACACUGAAAAUGCGAGCUCUGUGAUACAAAAUGCCAACUAAGGAAACAAAAGGGUAUCUUCUAUUUGACAAACGUUAAGCCAUUAUCUGUGCUUGGAUUCACUGGAAUAGUUCUUUAGACAGUAGUGCAGUGCAGAUGAUCAGCAAAUUUUUUGUUGAGGAUCUUCCUCCUGAACCGUCUCUGCGAUAGUUCUCUAAACUGAUGGUUGGUCUAGAGGGCUUAGAACCUUGGAGGCACUAGUCAUGAAAUAACCUGACGUUAGGUGUUCUGUAUUGUCUUAUAAUUUGAUGCUCUGUAGCAAUGCAAAUUGAUCUAAAGUAUCAAACAGCUUGUAAGCUUUGACUAUAAAAAUGCACAUGUACUCUCAUCACUCUUGUUGUCAAUAUUUUAGUUUCAGUUAAU